AUGAGUCAUCCAGACAGACUCAUACGAGCAAACUCGCCUGACCUUGGAAUAGGUUACUAUACAGGCGAUUCCGUCAAGUGCCCUGGUCAACUCAUCGGGGCUCCUGACCUGGUUGAUAGGCGGUCUAGUGCUCGUACAGUCCUGCGAGUGACUCUCGCCGCACAAAACAGCAACAACAGUGGCUCGUUGACUCGAAAGCCGACCACAGAGCUACUGGCCCUCAGCAACCACUUGAAAACAUUGCUAUAG